CAAGUGACAGCCACUCCACAUGGCUAGGGACACUGGGAUGGCCGGGAAGGUGGCGCUGCUCCUGUGGGGUGCCCAGACCACCCAGCUUCUCGUGGAGCCCCCCUGGAGGCCGGCGGUGCUGUGGGACCGGGUGACACUGACCUGCCAGAGUUCGAAGACCGCUGGUGUCACCACCUGGUACAAGGAUGGGGGGCGCUGGUGGCAGGAGAAACAGGACCACUUCACUGUCACCGAGAGUGGUACCUAUGAGUGUGACAGACCUGGCAGUGGGCGCAGUCCCCCCGUAACUGUCUCAAAUGCCCGACUGGUGCUGCAGAUGCCCGCGUGGGAGCUGCUGGAGGGGGACACGGUGACAUUGCGCUGCCGGCGCUGGGAGAACAUGUCGGUCACUGGGGUGCGAUUCUAUCACGGGGACAAGGAGGUGGGGAGGUCCCUCAAUGGGACCGAGCUGUCCCUGUCCCCUCUGCAGCUGCACCACAGUGGCCGCUACCGCUGCGGGGGCCGGGUGGGCUCCAAGGUGGCACCAUCGGCACUCUCAGCGCCAGUGACAGUGACAGUGCACGAGCUCUUCACAGUGCCGGUGCUAGAGGGUCCCCCUGAGCCCACAGUGGGGUCUCCCCUGACUCUCAGCUGCCUCAGCACCCCCAGCCCCCUGCGGCCCCGAGCCUCCCUCCUGCAUGUGUUCUACCGGGAUGGGCAGGUGUUGGGGGGCCCGCAGGUGUCCCCACAGCUGCUGGUGCCCGCCGUGGGGGUCUCCCACUCGGGGAAUUACAGCUGUGAGAUGCGCUCUGAGGGGGGGGCUGUGCGGAAGAGCAGCGCCCGGCUCCACGUCACGGCAUGCUUGCCCGUGUCCAAUGCCACCAUCACCCUCAGUCCCCUGUCACAUCAGGUGCGUGCAGGUGACCCCGUGACCCUGUGCUGCUCGGUGCAGGUGGGCUCAGCCCCUGUCACCUUCACGUGGCUGCACAAUGGGCAGGAGGUGGCCCGGGGUCCCCUCCUGGAGCUUGGAGCUGUUGAUGUGGGACAUUCGGGCAUCUACCAGUGCAUGGCCACCAACGAGCUGGGACAGGAUGGGCACCAGGCACUCAGCCCAGUGCUAGCCCUGGAGGUGACAACACAGGAGCAGGGCACAGCACUGGCUGCAGGGCUCAGUGGGUCCCUGCUGUUCCUGGUCCUGCUCCUGGCUGUCAUCGGGGGCUGUCACCAGUGGCACUGCCAAGCCCUCAGGAAGCAGCAAGAAAGGUGA